UGUUGCUUUCUGAUAUCUGUAAGUUGGAGACGCGUGACUUCGUGAUCUGAUGUCAAAGCUCGCGUCCCAUCUCAUCUACGCGUCCACCUUGCCCACGUCCACCCAGCAUCCGCUUCGCCACCACUUCCACACUCACAUCAAUGGCGCCCAAAGGUAGCCAGUCGCAGUUCAGUCUAUCCCAGAAAACGAAACAACAGUCCAUUUCGAGCUUCUUCACGCCCAAACCGUCGCAAACCGCCAAGAAACCGUCUCCUCCACCCGCACCCGCUACCACGAACGGGGUCACCGAUGCGAACUUCGAAGACUCAGACGAUGAAGACAUCGUGCAGCCGAAUUCCUCUCGGAGGAAGCGCAUAGUGGAAGAUGGUGACGAGGAUGACCCUGCACCGGCGCCGAAGCGGGUGCGCUGCACGACCGGCGAUUCCUCUGCAGACGACGAGACGCAACCGCGUCACUCGUUAGGACGAGCAUCAGACGCGGCGCUCAACAUAGCGAAGCCGAAGAAGUUGUCCGACCGCACAUCCAAGUACAUAUUCUCGUCGUCACCGGUGCCCCCUCCCGGCGAGGAGAACGAGGACGAUGCGGAUGCGGAGGCUACGCAGAGGGCAAAGGAACGGCUACAUGAGAAGUUUGUGAAGAAGCUGGGCAGGCCGGAUAGCUUUGCUGAGCUUCGAAGGAAAACCAAGAUCAUCUCCGAGGACGGCGAAGGCGAGGAAGGUGGAGAAGAGGAGGACGAGGAGGAUGAGACGCCGAAGCCUAAGGGCAAGAAGGGUGUUACUGCAAAGAAAUCGGGCUCGAAGCUCACGCCCAUGGAGAAGCAAUAUCUGGAUAUCAAGAGGAAGCAUCUGGACACCAUUAUCGUCAUGGAAGUGGGAUACAAGUUCAAAUUCUUCGGGGAGGAUGCAAGGAUCGCUUCAAAGGAGCUGGGAAUCGUCUGCAUACCCGGCAAAUUCAGAUACGACGAGCAUCCUUCCGAGGCGCAUUACGACCGCUUCGCAUCUGCAAGCUUUCCGGUGCAUCGCCUACAAGUCCAUGUAAAGCGCCUCGUGCAAGCAAACCAUAAAGUUGGCGUUGUACGGCAGAUUGAAACAGCGGCGUUGAAGGCUGCUGGAGAUAAUAGGAACACACCUUUUGUGCGGAAGCUCACGAAUCUGUACACCAAAGGCACUUACGUGGAUGAUGUUGAAGGACUGGAUAGCGCCGGACCUGGACCCGAUUCUCCGCAGAAUACUGGAUACUUGCUGUGUCUAACUGAGACUAAUGCCAAAGGCUGGGGCACUGACGAGAAGGUACAUGUGGGUAUGGUUGCCGUGCAGCCUGCAACAGGAGACAUCAUCUAUGAUGACUUCGAAGACGGCUUUAUGAGGAGCGAUAUUGAGACACGGUUACUGCAUAUCGCACCAGCGGAAUUCCUCAUCGUUGGUGAACUAUCAAAGGCUACCGAGAAGCUCGUUCAGCAUCUAUCAGCCAGCAAGACCAAUGUCUUCGGCGACAAGUGCCGCGUUGAAAGGGUGGAGAAACCCAAGACCAUGGCGUCUCAAGCGUACAGCCACAUCUCCAACUUCUAUGCUGACAAGAUGAAGUCAUCCCAAGGCGGUGACAAUGACAAACAAAGUGCGAUACUGGAUAAGGUUCAUCAGCUGUCCGAGCAUGUCACCAUAUGUCUCUCGGCCAUGAUCACGCACUUGAGCGAGUACGGGCUGGAGCAUGUGUUCGACCUGACCAAGUACUUCCAACCCUUUAGCGCUAGAUCAUACAUGCUUUUGAACGGGAACACCCUUACCAGCCUUGAGAUCUACCAGAAUCAGACAGACUACAGUGAGAAGGGUAGCUUGUUCUGGACCAUGGACCGAACCAGGACGAGAUUUGGCAGGCGUCUUCUACGGAAAUGGGUCGGCCGUCCUCUGAUCGACAAGGAGCAGCUAGAAGAACGCAUAGCAGCGGUGGAAGAACUCAAGGAGCGCGAGAACACGAUCCCAGUCGACAAGCUGAAGUUCCUUCUCGGGAAGAUAAAGCUUGAUCUUGAGAAGGUUCUGAUCAGGAUAUACUACAAGAAGUGCACACGCCCCGAGCUUCUCGUAGCUCUUCAAACCCUCCAAGCCAUCGCGAGCGAGUAUGCAAUGGUGAAGGAACCCAAAGAUGCAGGAUUUUCAUCCGCCCUCCUCAAUGAAGCCAUCGCCAGCAUCCCCAAAAUCUAUGAAAGCGUCAACAACUUCCUCGAACGCAUCAAUGCUAAUGCCGCCCACAACGACGACAAAUAUUCCUUCUUCCGAGACCAAUACGAAGCCGAAGACAUCAACGACUAUAAACUCGGCAUCGCCGCCGUGGAGGCCGACCUCGAUGCUUACCGCAAAGAAGCCGCCGCCAAACUGGGCAAAAGUAAGGUCGAUUAUGUGACUGUAGCGGGCGCGGAAUAUCUCAUCGAGGUGAAGAAGAAGUCGCCCGAGGAGAAGAAAGUGCCGGCCUCGUGGGCGCAGAUCUCCGCAACCAAAGCCGUUGCACGAUUCCACACACCAGAAGUAAAACGGAUGUUGCAAGAGCGCGAUCAGCAUAAAGAGAACCUCGCGGCCGCGUGCGAUAAAGCGUACUACCGCCUCCUAGACGAAAUCUCCGCUCAAUACCAGGACCUGCGCGACUGCGUCCACAGUCUCGCCACGCUAGACGCCCUCCUCUCCCUCGCAAUCCUGGCCUCGCAACCGGGCUACGUCAAACCGGAAUUCACCUCCGACAUCGAAGUCUCCAUCACGGGCGGCCGGCACCCCAUGGUCGAGCAACUCCUGCUCGACGCCUACGUCCCCAACGACGUCGAGCUGUCGCACUCGCGGACGCGGGGCCUGCUCAUCACCGGCCCCAACAUGGGCGGCAAGUCGUCGUACGUGCGCUCGGCGGCCCUCAUCGCCAUUAUGGGGCAAAUCGGGUCGUACGUGCCCGCCGCGUCGGCCCGGCUGGGCAUGCUCGACGCCGUCUUCACGCGCAUGGGCGCCCACGACAACAUGCUCAAGGGCGAAUCGACCUUCAUGGUCGAGCUGAGCGAGACGGCGGCGAUUCUCAAGACGGCGACGCCGCGCAGCCUCGUCAUCCUCGACGAGCUCGGGCGCGGCACCAGCACCUUUGACGGCGUCGCCAUCGCCGAGGCCGUCCUCGAGUACGUCCUGCGCGACGUCCAGUGUCUGACGCUGUUCAUCACGCACUACCAGCACCUGGCGCGCGUCAAGGAUCGGUUUGCCAAGGGCGAGUUGAGGAAUGUGCAUAUGCGGUUUGAGGAGAUGGGUGAGGGGGGCAGGGAGGUCGUCUUCCUGUACGAGGUAGCCGAGGGGACGAGUCUGAGGAGUUAUGGGCUUAAUGUCGCGAGGUUGGCGAGGGUGCCUGAGGAGGUGAUUGAGAGGGCGGGGGUCAAGAGUGUCGAGUUGGAGAGGAGGAUGGGGGCUUGUAGGGUGGGGAAUUUGGCGCGGAUGGCGAAGGGGCUGUUGGAAGCAAAGGAUGGAGGCGAAGAGGAGCUGGAGAAGCUGGUCAGUGGAAUCGAGCAGCUGUGAUAUGUUUACAGCAAAACGGUCUUCGAAACGGUCUGUUGUUGAGCUCCAGACCAGUCGCGUAGGCAGAGUGUAUAUGUCCGAUCAUGCUCAAAAGACACACCGCGAGGUCCAUCGCCGACAUAUUCGAUUACUUGACAGGACGCUAUAGUAGAUUUCUCGAGCAAAGAAUAUCAAGCAGCGAGCAUCUCGGUAUCGGUAGAUUAUAAUCGAGGUAUAUAAUCCUGACUUGGUGGUCCCUCACAUAGACGCCUAUCCGCAUCCACCUAUCUCUCCAUACUGAAGAACCCUCACGCACGAGCGAGUCGAUGGACAUCCCUGUGUUCCU